GUUUCUCUAGGCUGCAUCUAGCUGGAGGGGACACUGCCUGCUCAGGACACCUGAAAGUAAAGCAAGCAGAAACUUGGGCUACAGUCUGUUAUUCACAUAUUGAUUCCAAUGCUGCCUCUGUUAUAUGUAAUGAGCUAAAGUGUGGCCAGGCUGUGGAUAUCUUGAGAGGAUUUCACUUUGGAAACAGGCAUGAGUUGAUCUGGCAAGAAGAGUUCCACUGCGUGGGGAAUGAGACUCACCUUGCACACUGUCCCAGAAUGUUGGACCGUAGCAAGGCAUGCUCUCAUGAUGCCCAUGUUUUAUGUUCAGGGUAUGGUGGAUACAGGCUGGCAAAUGGCAGUACCAGAUGUUCAGGGAGAGUAGAGCUUCUUCAUGGAGGUUUGUGGGGAACAUUCUGUGACUACCUGUGGAAUUUCCCAGCUGCCAAUGCCCUCUGCCAGCAUCUGGGCUGUGGAAUUGCCCUAUCAAUACCGGCUGGACAGUCCUUUGGAAAAGGAAAUGGGUCUGUAUGGAACGGCACAUUCAGCUGCAAUAAGGAAGGCUCACACUCGAGAGAGUGUACUGUGAAUGAGCUAAGUCAGAAUGAAUGCCCUGCUGGAAAUGAUGCUCGUGUGGUGUGUUCAGGGUGUCCAGGGAUCAGAUUAGUGAAUGGCACCACGUGUUCUGGCAGAGUGGAGAUUCGCCAUGGAGAUACAUGGGGAAGACUCUGCCGCUCCCACUGGAAUAUGCAAGAUGCUAGCGUACUCUGUCAUCAGCUGAACUGUGGCUAUGCAAAGGCAAUUGAGACAGGAGACCGUUUUGUGGAUGGGAAUGGGUUUGUAUGGAAAGAUGUUUUUCACUGUGAAGGGACAGAGUCCUGCCUGUGGGACUGUGCUCAAGUGACUUUGGGCAAUCCAACCUGUUCAUCGAGAGAAACAGCCACUGUUGUUUGCUCAGGCCUUUCUGAUUCACUCAGACUCUCAGGUGGUGAGAGCCACUGUGAUGGGCGAGUUGAGAUCUCUCUCCAUGGCAUGUGGGGCAGAGUCCUGGAUGAUGACUGGAACAUUAAGGAUGCUACUGUGGUGUGCAGACAACUCCAGUGUGGAAUAGCCAAGAAAGCCUAUUACCUUCCAAGGUCUGAGAGAGGCAUUGGUCUUGUGGGCUUAAGAAGUGUCCAGUGUGUUGGAAAUGAGACUCAACUGGUGCUCUGCAAGACCUCCCAUUCUCAGGCACUGCCAACAGGAGUUGCUGAAGAUGUUGGCGUGAUUUGCUCCGAGAGCAAGAAGAUCAGGCUGGUGAAUGGGACACAGCGCUGUGCUGGGAGAGUGGAGCUUUAUCAUGACGGCAUAUGGGGCACAAUCUGUGAUGAUAACUGGGAUCUCUCAGAUGCAAAUGUUGUUUGCAAACAGCUGGAAUGUGGAUAUGCCAUCAAGGCAUUUGUCUCUGCUCAUUAUGGUGAAGGCUCAGGACAGAUCUGGCUGGAUGAUGUGAACUGCACUGGCGCUGAAUCUGAUCUCUGGGCAUGUCCCUCCAGGGCAUGGGGUCAGCACAACUGCCAACACAAGGAGGAUGCUGGAGUCCUGUGCUCAG